AUGGCUUCUGGUCAAGAGAUGGAUGCUACUAAGGAGGUGUCUGUUGUUGGCAAUGAAGGAGAUAAUGCUGCUGCUGCUGCUGACAUUGAUCUCAACCUUGAGGACUUCGUGGUUGACAUGGAGAUCAAUGGAAGUGAAGCUGACCUUGAGGUUGAUGUUGACAAUGAGGAUGAGGCUGGCUCUGCUGAGGGUGUCUCUAAUGAGACUGAGGACAUCGCUGUUAAGAUUCAGACUCAAAUCACGGAGCAUAACAUUCUCAUUGGAGAUCAGCACUGCCGCAUCCAGAACUUGGAAGCUGAUUCUGUUAAGCUUCAGGCCUUGAUUGAGAAGCUGACCAGGGAGGUGCAGUCGAUUCCUAAGGGAAAUUACACCUCCAGCUUCAUCCACGACCUGCAGACCACUCUCCAGUUCGUGCAAGAUCAGCUCAAGAAGCAAGAGAAACACAUCUCUGUGCUUCAGACUCACCGUGCUGCACCUGCUGAUGCACCUCCUGCUGUUCCUCCUCCUACUGGAGCACGUGCUGAGCCUCCUACUGCAGCAGCAACUGCUUUUGGCUCCUGCCCUUCGGCCCUGCCUCGUUUUGUCCAUGGCAAAACUGACGUUGAGGCUUGGCUCUCCAUUGUGGAGGACUUUAUGUCCAUCCACAAUGUGCGUAGCGAGGCUCGCGUAGUCGCUGCGACCCUUGCCCUGGACGACACUGCGAGCAAGUUGGUGUAUGCCAAUAAGCGCCACGCAGAGGCUAAUGGCCAUCCUUUUGGCUGGGAGGAGUUCAAAGCUGCCAUGCUGGCGGCAUUCCUGAGUCAGCCCCUGGCGCUCGAGGUGCGUAGCCGCCUGGAGAACAUCCAGUGCGGUGACCAGCCUGUACGCGAGUACGCCAAGGAGUUUGAGAAAACUCUGUCGCUGCUGAAGACUGCUCUUCCUGAGAGCGAGGUCAUCCACCAGUUCUUCAAGGGACUCCCUGAGCACAUCAAGCGUGUGCAUGUUGUGCGUGGGGAGCACCAGUGGAGGACCUACAAGGAGUGCAAGGAGCAUGUCAUUGACACGGAUGUGAAUUUCCGUGUGUACAUGACUCACGCACGUGCUCAGCAGCAGCCUAGUGCCGAAGGCUCUAGGGGGGGUAGUAGCAGGACUCAGGCCCACAGGGGCGGUGGCUCUUAG